UUUUUGUGUUCCCCCUAAAUGAGCGAGGAACCGCCUGCGCGAGGAACAAACCAAGGCGAGGUCUCAUCUCUCGCGAGGAACGACGCCGUUAUCGGAAUCCCUACAAACAACACGAGAAUUCAACAUCCACACGUUGUGAACAAUGUCUGAACAAGAGUUGGAUGAAAUUGUGCAAAUAACUGUGGAGGACUUUAACCCGGAUGACCGGACAGACAUGUUGGACAAUCAUGAAGACGAUGAUGAAAGGCUUCAGAAGAAGAAAAGAAAAUUAAGUAUCAGCCAAGAGAAUAACAAUAACAAUAACAAUAACCAAGACAUAUUUUUUAUUAAGAAUCUGUUGGUCUCAUUUACCGCAUCAAUCAGCCAGCGACUGGAAGGAAUUGAAUCAAGGUUAUAUUCCCUCGAUGCUACAUGCAAAGCCCUUGGACGCAAACUAGACAACAUGUUGCCAUGUGCAAAGAGUCCCAUCCAGGUUCCUAUGGUGGCAGGGUCUCCUCAGGGGGCCACUCAAACUUGGAACAAAGUGCGAUGUGUGGUUCCACAAACAAAUGUGAUAGUGAGCAGUGAACACCCGAAAGGCACGAACGAUGAAGACAACCCUUUGGAAAAUCUGCUAAGCAAUACGGUGACAAGGAAGCGUCAAAACACAAUCAUGGUGAAGGUGCCGGCCCCCGACGAGAGUCAGGAGGAGCAAGACAGCUGCUCAGAUGCCAGUGACACCGUUUCUAAUGGGGGCCAGUCCAGCAACGCACAAAAUGGUCAAAAUGUUACACUCAUCACACUCAAUUCAGAAGACGAUUACCCCGUGGGCACCUGGUUGGGAGACGAAAACAACACCGAGAUGCGAGUUCGUUGCCCAGUCUCUGCGGCGGACAUGCUCCACAUCACCACAAACUGCCGCACAGCGGAGAAGAUGGCACUGACUCUGUUAGACUACCUGUUCCACCGAGAGGUCCAGGCCUUGUCCAACCUCUCUGGUCAGGGCAAACACGGCAAGAAGCAGCUGGACCCGCUCAUGAUUUAUGGCAUUCGCUGCCACUUGUUCCACAAAUUUCGCAUCACUGAGUCAGACUGGUACCGCAUCAAGCAAAGCAUUGACUCGAAGUGUCGCACAGCCUGGAGACGCAAGCAGCGUGGCCAAAGUCUGGCUGUCAAGAGCUUCUCCAAACGAACGCCUCGUGGUACAUCUGGAGAGGGAGGCACGGCAGAAGAAACGGGCCACAUCGAGGCCGCCACCCAGCAGACAUUGCACUACACGCUGGCCAAUCAACAGGUCCAGUUCCACCGUAUCGGGGAAGAUGGACAAGUUCAGGUGAUUCCUCAGGGUCAGCUGCACAUCGCCCAGGUGCCGCAAGGAGAGGAGGUGCAGAUCACACAGGACAGCGAGGGAAAUCUCCAGAUCCACCAGGUACACGUUGGUCAGGAUGGACAGUCCUGUAAUGGUGCUCAACAGUGUCGUGUAUGAACCAACCAUGUGGCAACUAUUGAUAACAAAUCAAGACUUCAUAUCUAUAGAGGUAAGUAUAUUCUACUAGAAAGACUGACAUGUAUCCCCGAGUAAACUUCCGUGAAGUUGUUGGAUGUUUCUUGAGGGCAGAUUUAGCCUUAAAUCGUUUUCGGCUGAGUCAUACUUAAACAUCGAGCAUGACAGUUAUCCACCCAAACAGAGGCGAGGAGUUGCUCUGACCCGGCCAGUCGUGGGACAGGAUGCGGAUCCGAGAAGUUCCUGUGUAAUCGCCGCGAAGAUCUCACACACCGUUCCAACUCUUUAAAUGCUCGCCUGAGCCUCCGUGCGCUGCUCCCCACAGCUGAGAAUGCAAAAAAACACUUGCAAAUGGAGGUUGAGAAUCUAAUUGAGCCAGACAAGUGUUUUUAGCAUCUCAAGUAUCAAACGUCCAAUCUCGUGAGCUGCGCUGAAGUGGACACUCGCGGUACAGACACGUGAUGGUGCUUGGGUUUCUUCCGCCUGUGCGUUCACAUGCGCGCGCCAGGCAGGCUGAUCCCCGCCGAGAGAGCAGCGUGAUGAAGUGCCGCGGACGAGGAUGGACGUCUACCAUGACGAAACGCUGGCAACACAUUUGCUUUCUCACUGUCCUCAAUGAGGUGACUGAUGGAGCUCAUUUAAAAAAAAAAUGUAAUGGAUUUUUGGGAUGAUCCUUACUUGAAGUAUGAACAAUAGAGUAACAUUUUGGGAAAUAGGUGCAGCGUAGCUUGGAACGAGCCAUGGUAGCGGUUUCCGUCUGCUCCGCGUCUUCGUGCCAGCUGACUGCUGGCUCCAGCUCUGGAACCAGUGCACAUGCACACGAGUGCUAUCGAUCUUCUCUUCUAACGCUCUGGAAGAAGCAAAAGUAUAUUGAUCGAUAGUCUUUCACUACCUGAUUAGUGUUUGAACUAACCCUGCAGGCUAAUGCUCUAAUUGAUCAGGAAUGUUUUAAUAGCUCCUCAGACACUGAUUCCUUUGAACCAAACAGUCUACUGCUAUCUUAAGAGUCUCGCUCACUCCGCCUCGUCCAUGUCUGUGCUGGACUCGUCCUGGUUUUCUCAGGAGUUGAGUCAGUCAGACUUCUAACACACUAAUAGCCUCCAUCGGGACGCCCAGGCCUGGCACAUUCUGGCACAUUCUGGCUAAGAGGCAGCAGAUUUUUUAUGGUGAAACCGGCUGUCUCUUAGAUGACAAUGAGAGUCUGCGGGUUUAGCUUCUCAUUCAAUGAGAGGAUGGGUCCAAACUUUUUAUCAUAUCAACAACUUAUAUCAUUAAUUCAUUUAAUUUAUUUAUCAAAAAAGGAUGGAUUACUAAAGUUGGAACUACUGCAAAAAUCUUAAUUUAUCAACAUUGUGUAUGUUUUUAGUAUAUAGGGAGGAAAAUGUUUUGUAUGUAUGUAAUUUGAGGAAUAUCAAAGAUCACUUCAUAAUUCCUAACAAAUUCCUAAAUUAAUUCUAAAUGAGCAUUUUAUAAGAAAGAUUUCCCUGUUUUCCUGCUGCAUGUUUGCAGUGGCAGUCCAUCUAUAGGAACAGACUAUAGAGUACUGUGUUAGCAUUUCUCUGUGAUCAGUGCGUCAGAAGCGUCGGGUUCCCCCGCGAAGGCUCGCCCUCCAUUCCUCAAUGACUUUAAUUGAAUGAAAAUAUCAUGUAUAUCAUGUUAUGGAGCCUAGGAAAAACAGAACUCUUAAAAAAUACAAUUGAUUUGAAUGGGGCCAUAAAGUUCCUCUCCAGCUCAACGUAUACACUGAGGUCGGGAUGGGAAGCAGUGCGAACAGCAGAACCGAAAUGUUUAUUUACGCCACGCUGAUGCCUCUUUCCUUACCACAAAGUUACUUGUUUCUGAGGCACUGUGAUUGUAAACCAUGACGGCUGUAAUCAAUAAAAGAACAUAAACACAUCAGAUGGGACAUAAAUUAGUCUUCCUGCUGUUUGUUUUCAUUUUGUAGUUUCCAGUGAUGUGUGCGGUAGACUAUUGCAGAUUGUUGCUUUUUGAACUCCUCGUACAACACGAGCAGCGAGAGCGAGGUUGAUUAAAUGAUGGUCGUUUCGAGAGUGGAGUGAAAACGUCUGCCGCGGUUGUUUCCUCUUAUCUC